AUGACCACGAGAUGCGCGUACAUGUUGUAUCACUUCGGACAUGCGGAAACUCGAAAAGGUCCUUUCAAGCGCCUUAGAGGGAUUGACUUUCCCACCAAAUAUGACGGCAAGAGGCAUUCUGAUAUGAAAUAUCUGUCGAAACGCAUCAAGGAAGAGGCUGAAGCUCUUGACAUAUACAAGGCUGAUCCCAAUCGCAUUGAGGCAGGUUUCAUGUUUGAUCAAUGCGAAAAUUAUCUUUUCGAGGAAUAUGAGAAGGUGACUAAGACAGAGACGAAUGGUGUGCUGAGAGGCAACAGGAAACGCCAGAAGGCUGUGAGAUCCGAGACCUAA